AUGCGUCGCUUUCGUGCCGUGUUCAGGUCAUCCAGAUCAGAUAAUCCAAACCCUAAAUCUCGAGCGCAGCGUCGUGCGUCCGAUACAGAGCCACUGAAACCCCAGCCAGAGGCGAUUUCGCAGGAAUCUCGAAGCGAUGUCUCGCCAUCCAAGCCUGCAAAUGCCUUGACUGCAAAGAAACCCACGGAAUGCACCACAGUUCCUGUUGGCGAACAGGCUGACGAAACCCAGCCAGUUCCUCUUGAGUUUGAGCAUACUCCUCUGCUUGGUCGAUCCAAGUUUGGCACAAAAAGACUGAAGAGGAUCGUUGCACGCUUGCAUUCGAGUCUACCCCACGAGGAGGAUCCUGUCUCCGAGACAGUUCAAUCUGCUGAAGCCCCGGCUCCCGAUAACGUUGAAAUCCCAGCUCCUGACAAUGGAGACCCAACAUCCAAUCCUUUUGAACAGGAGGAAGUCCCUCCCGCGCAGGAUAGCCCUGGAAAGUCUGUUCGCUUUGAUGAUAAACCUCAGGUCGUUGGAGAUGGUGAGCGGAAGGUCAGCACUCAGACGGUUGAGUCACAGGAGUCGAGCCAGACUGAAGACACUGUCUGUCGACACCCUACUGAUGCUGAGCUUAUCCCAACCCCGACCCGGCAAUCCUUGGAUGAGUGGUCAUGGCCAGGACUCAUGUAUUACCCUGAAGAUGGCACUCACAUUCGUGAGGGAUCCGACCCGUUCUCCGAUGGGAAGAGCACUGAGCCCCAGCAGGCACAUCCAUCGUCCUCCAAGCGUCCUGAUCGAAGCCGAGAGCAUUCGAAGGCCUCUGAGGGUUCCCUUGAUCCUAUUCUUGAGGAUGAUGUCGACAAGAUUGAGCCUGCUCCGCCUCCUGAGAGGACCAGCUCCAUGAUCAGCCAUCUCAGUUGGAUGAGGGAGCCAUGUCAGCUUGAACCAAGCAGAGCAACUGUCGCCUUGAAUCAGUUGAUCACUCGCUUCAGUAUCCAUAUGCCCAAGGUGCUUCCGGAACCUGAAGACAGCCUACAGGGACUGCCUCGCCCCGAGGAACAAGGCAACGGGCGACGGGGUUUCCGAUUGAUGAGUCGGGUUCGCAAGGUGCGAUCUGGGUUAACGGCCGAUACAAACCCCCAAACACCUAAGCUGCGACGAACAAAGACUUUUGCAACCCUGCGUCGUCCUGUUCCCAUGACUUCGUUGCGAGGACGAUCGGUGGAAACUUUGGCUCGUCUUGGAGGACAUGCAUUUCUUAUGUUGGCGGAUUUGGCUCCUUUCCCCCUGCAGCUGCCUGCAUGCAUUGUGGCGACCGUGAUAUUUCUGCACAGAUAUGGUGCAAACGUGCCUGGCCUCUUUGUCGAUCCUGGUGAUUUGAAGGCAGCCACUCACAUGUAUGACGAUUUUGCCUCUCAAGUGCUCUCAGCCGAAAAGGAGGAGGCCAAGAUUGCCUUGACCAUGCGUGUGGUUGCUAUGCCUCAACUUACUCAAGAUUCAGCACCGGCGUUGAGUGUGGCAUGGACCCUGAAGGCCUUGUUGGCGGGGCUUCACUACGGGAUCCUCGGGAGUGUCCGACUGUACCAUACUUUGAGCGACAUCAACCUUGCUUCCAUCCCACAGCACGCUGACAAUCUCCAUGUGCCCGACUGUCUUGAAGGGUUGGAUCCGCGUAUUGCGCUCCGUGUGCAGCUUAUCGCCCUUGCUGUUAUUGCGCUGACGGAUGACAUGCAGCGCGAGCUUAUCUGUGCAGUCUUUGGGCUGCUCACCCGACUUACUCGUGUCGAGAUUCCUCCACCCGGGACUGAUGUCCGGACAGUGGCGGUAGACCAUGGCCUGGAGCGGGUAUUUGGACCGCUUCUCCUCGGGACCAGGGGGCAAGAGAACAGAGACGGGGUGCCGGUGCAUAUGGUGGAACAGGAGAUCGAGGAACAACGCGUGGCGGGACUGUUGAUCGAUCAUUGGUAUUUUGUGAAUCUCCAGCUACGAGAGUGGGCCAAGGGAGACUAUCACAGGGAGUAG